AUGAAUUAUGAUGAAGAUAUAAAAAGAAGAAAAAAAAAAAAAACAGAAAAAUUAAAAAAUACUAAGGAAUCGUUAAGUUUAUAUGGAUCAAACAAUAAGAAUAUUUUAUCUAUCAAAAAUAACAAAUUGUUAAAAGAUAAAAAAAAUAAAAUCAAAGUUCAAAAAAUGAAAAAUAAAUAUGAUAAAGAUGAUGGUACUAUAGAACACAAGAAGGGUAACAAAAUUAUCUCUUCUGAUGAUAAAUUCGAUGAGGACAUAACAAAUUUAAAUAUUGAAAAAAAUAUGAAAAAAACAAAAAAAUCAAAAAAAACAAAAAAAUCAAAAAAAUUAAAAAAAUCAAAAAAGUGUAUGAAAGACACAAUGAUCAAAAAGAAUAAAAAAAAAAUUAAAAAUCGAAAUUAUGAAAAGGAUAAAAAUUAUAUAGGUGUAGUUAUGGAUGAAGAUGAAAUAAUAAUAGAUAAUGAAGAAAGGAUUAUAGAAAACAUUAAUAAUGUGGAGCAUGACCAUGUGCCUUAUACAAAUGGUUUUGAUAAAAGUGAUGAGGAAUAUUCAUCUGUAAACUUUAUGAAGUUUUUAAAAAAUUGUAACGAUAAAGAGAGGGAAGUAAAUAAAAAGAAAAAGAAGAAAAAAAAAUCGAGCGAUGACAAGCACAAAAAUGAUGGUGAUGAUAAUGAUGAUGAUAAUGGUGAUGAUAAUGGUGAUGAUAAUGAUGAUGAUAAUGGUGAUGAUAAUGGUGAUGAUGAUAAUAAUUACAAUGGUGAUAAUAAUAUUAAGAAGAAGAAGAAAAAGAAUCUUGUCCAUUCUGGAGACGAAGAUGAUCAUCAUGUUGAUGAUGAUAGUAGUAGUGUGCAAGACGCAUAUCAAUACUAUGCCUUAAAAGACGAUAUGUACAAACUAAGCAACGAAAACAAAGAAAAAAUCGAAUUUGCUGACCUAAUGUAUUCAAAUAAUAAUUUCUUUGGACAAGGUCUACAAAAAGAUUUAGAUUUUUUAGAGAAGGAACAAAAUAAAAAGAAAGGAAAGAAACGCUUAACCUUUAUAGAAGAACAAAAGUUUAAUACAACAGUAGGAUAUAUUCAGAAUGUAAAAUUAUUAAAUAAAAUGAACAAGGCUUAUAAUGUCAUACAAAACUCUAGCAAGGUUGAAUUUGGACGACAAAAAGAAAAAAGAGGAAAUCAAGGUGAGGAUUUUGUAAACAAGAGAUUAAUUAAAAGAUUUUUAAAAAGGAAAGAAAAGAUACAGCCUGAAAUGUAUGAUGAACAUGAAGAACGUGGUCAUGUAAAUGAUGAUAAUAAUGAUAAUAUUAUUAAUAAUAAUAUGUUGAAAAGGCACAAAGUUGAUCAGACUCAUUUAAAUGGAUAUGCUGAACAAAAUGACGUUUAUAAUAAAAAGGAAAAGAAAAUAAUAAAGAGAGAGCAUAAGAAGGAAGAGGACUUUACUAUAUACAAUUUUGAGGAGGAAAUAAAAAUGAAUUUACUUAAAUCUAAAAUGUUACAUAUAUCAGAUGACUUAUUAAGAAAUGAGAAAGAAAAGAAACGUGAAGAGCUAAAGAAAAUUGCUCAAUUAAAACUUUUAUUAUCUAUAGAAAAUAGAAAGAAUUAUUAUAAGAAAAAAAUAAAAUCUAAAUCAUAUAGAAAAUAUUUAAGGAUUAAAGAAAAAAAAGAAGAAGAAAAAAUUAUGAAGAAGUUAUAUUGUGAGCACCCAGAUUUGGUUAAAGAUAUAAUGAACUAUGAAAAAGAAUAUGCUGAAAAAAGAAAUCUAUUAAAUAAUAUAAAAAAAAGAAAAACAAUAAAAACACUUAAUCGUUAUAAAAAUGAACAAUUGAAAAAAGAAAUCUUGAAAAGUAUACAAACUAAUAAAGAAGAAAAAAAUAUGUUAAAGAAAAUUAUAGAAAAAACAGCUUUAACCGAACAAACUAAUGAAGAUAAUAAUAUGAUGAUACAUGAUGAUGAUGAUGAUGAUGAUAACAUGUCAGACGAUAGUAAUGAAAUAUCUUCAAAGUAUGAUGAUAAUAUGAAUUAUUCGGAUAAAUAUUCAAAUAAUAAUAUAAAAAAUGAUGACGAUUUGUAUGAUAAAAAAAGAAAAAAAAAAAUAUAUGAUGAAUUUGAAAAAAGAAAUUUGUUAAGAUUUUCGUUUGUUAAGAAUGCUGAAGAAAAUAAAAGAAAUGAUGAAAUGUAUAAUAGGAGAAAGGAUAUAUUAAAAAAAUUGGAAAACAGAAAUAAAAAGAUUAUGGAUAAUACAUAUGAAGAUAAUAAUAAUAAUAAAAAUAAUAUUGAUGAAGAUAUUAAUUCGUUGGAUUCCUUUUCGUCAGAUGAAAUAAUAAGGAAUGACGAAGAGAGCCAUAUUUUAUUUUCUAAUAAUAAACUUUCUGAUUAUAGUCAUAAAGAAUUAUCGAAAGCUAAAAAGGAAUUAAAAAAUGAUAUUGAUUUUGUAAAUAGUUUGAAGAAAACAGACAUAUUACAUAUUGACGAUGUGAAACAUGUGGAGGAUAUAACAGACGUGAUAAAUGGUUAUGACGAAGAGGAUAAUGUUAAUAAUGAUAAUGUUAAUAAUGAUAAUGUUAAUAAUAAUAAAGAAAUGAAAUUGUUAGAUGAUAUUACAAGUGCUGAUACUAAUAUAAGUCCUAAUGAAUAUUUAAAAGGUGAUGUUAAGGAUAAAGAAAAUAUAGAAGUAGGUAGUAAGACAAAAAAGAAGAAAUCUCAAAGUAACAAUACCAGUAGUAGUAAUAUUAGUAAUAAUAAUUUAGAUGUAGAGGGGGAUAAUGAAAAAAAAAAAAAAAAAAAAGUUAUUGAAAAUAAUGUGAAAACUAUAGAUGAAGUGAACAAUGAAAACAUCCUACAAUCAUAUUGUAAAAAUAUAAAUGUUUAUAACUUUGAAAAUAAUAUUUAUGAAGAUUAUAUAAAUCCUAAGAAUGAUGAUAUAAAAGAAGAUGAAGAAUUAUAUGAAUUAAGUGAAGAUGAAAAAAUAAAAGAUAUUGAAGUUAAUAAAAAAGAAUGGUGUAAUUACAAUACGUUAUUAGAAUUAGAAAAAAAUAAAAUGAUAAAAGAAAAAGAAAUAAUCGAAACAAAAAAAAAUAAACCAUUACAUACUAUAACACUACAUAAUAAGAAAGAUAAAAAGUUUGAUAAAUAUUAUGUAGACAAAAUACCAUAUCCAUAUGAUAAAAAUGGAUAUGAAAAAACUUUAAAUAUAAAUAUUAAUAAAGAAAUAAAUGAUUUAUCAGCAUAUAAACAAUUAAUAGCACCACAAUAUUCAAACAAAGUAGGAAAUGUAAUAUCUCCUUUGAUUAAAAACCCAUUUGAGCUAGCAAAUAUAUUUACUUUAAAAAGGAAAAACCAAAAAUCAAAAUUGUAG